AUGGACAUCGAAAAAGGGACGCCCGACCAGUCUUUCCUCUCAGGAUAUCCUUCACUGGCAGCUUUUAUUGCCAGUGAUCGCGACCAAACAACAACAAUCUUCAAGAGGUUCAACCGUUUAGCCGCACGAUACUUGCUGCAUCUUCAAAGCCAGCUCGCUGAGUUACAGGCUGGACAAGAUGAACUGGACCGCAAAGAUGCUUUGAGCCCUCUAGAGGUAAAGCAGUACUCGCGAAACUGGGCUGAGUUCAUAAGGGCAACCGACAACGAUCCUCAUCAGAAGAGACGUAACGAGCUGAGUGAUAAAAUAGGUGAAAGACUCAAAGCUUAUCGAGAAGCUCUGCUAUACGAAAGCCAGUUGGCAUCAUUUCCUAGACCGCCAAAACGAACGCUUGAGGCAUUUCGUUUCAAGUUCUUCGAUCAUGGAAGUGGACAACCGUAUCCAACUUUAGGUGCACGCAGUAGGGCGUUAUUCGAUGACGAUGACGACUUGGUAGUAUUGAAAGUACAGGACCGUGAUCGGCUUACUGCGUUUCUGCAAGAUCACUGCUCAAGGAUGUUCAGAGUGGAGAAAGAUAGGGAUGGCAUUGCAUAUCCCUCGGAUCAGCAAAUAGCCCAGACUGUGACUAUUCUGUGUAUCCUGAACGCUGCGGCGCUGCUCGUCGGGACUAUAGUAGCGCUGUACGUGAUAUCCUCUGAGAAGACAAAGUUGGCCAAUGUAGGCAUUCUGAUGAAUUCAAGAAGAUCGGAGGUUUUUGCUGCAGCUGCUGGGUACGCUGCAGUGCUCGUCGUCUUCGUCAGUGGGAAUGUCGGUACUCAGGAGAAGGGGAGAUGA